CUGUCAUUGCCUGCGUUGCCGUUGCGUGUUUGUUGUAAAAUAACAAGUUUCAGUAACUUUUCAGGCUUUAUAUCCCAGCAAAAUGUGGUUCGAAAUCUUACCAAGCGCCGUAAUUAUUACGGUUGCACUAUCCGUGCCAAUAUAUGCGAUGUACGGUCUGCAGAAACUCACACUGGGCAACGCUUUCCGCCGCAACAUGGACGAGCGAUUCGACCGUGUGAUGUACCAGCGCGAUUUCCGACUAACCAAUAAUCCAUACGUGAUGAAUGGGCUUGAUGCCGUACCCGACGAAGAAGAGAAAAAAGAGAUUGAGGUACCAGAAAACGAGGAGGUUGAAGAUCCGAAGAAAGCCAAGAAAAAGAAAAAGGAGAAACCUCAAGAGAAAACUACUCAAGAUCAGGAUUAAUUUAAACCACGUUUCUUUUAUUUGUAAACAACUCGCACUGUUGCAGCAAUAAAUUGCAAGCAAUCUAGCUCCAAAAACAUUUGCCGCGCAACCAACCGCCAA